UCUCGUGGCUCGUUCCGUUUUAUCAGUAGCGUGAUUCCGAACGAACGAACGGUGCGCGGCGCGCGCUGUCCCACAUUUUCAGUCGCACGUACACGACAGUGCAUACCGCAGGUGCCUGUCAAUCGUUCUCUCCUAGAAAUUCCGGUCUCGGAUCCGCGCCGAGAGAUCCGCGGAUUCGCCGUGCAGAACCGCGGCGCGUCUCGUCGCACGCGGAUGCACCGUCGCCGGCGUCCGUCGUCCAGCACGGACGCGACAAUGUUUCCGGAAGCGUGGGCUUUUUCAGCCGCCGCCGCCGCCGCCGCCGUCGCUCGCCGCAGGUGCGUCGAACGGUAAGAGAUCGAGAUCGGCCCGAUUGCACCUGGGUGGAAUUAACGCACGCCACACACUCGAAGCCACCUCGAUUUAGAACGUGCUGUAUACGUAUACGUGUGUAUAUGUGUGUAUGUGUGUGCCUUCGUCAAUCAUGUCAACCGUCGCCGGGCGCAGAGAAGUGAAGGUAGUCUGUUAUUUCUGCCCGAUGUAAGAAACGAGAGAAAAAGGCAAGUGGAAGCGGCAAAUGUUUGUAUAAUCGUCUAGCCAUGGAGGACGAAGACUUUGGUUUCGCGAAGAGGACGGAUAAUGUCCUGAAGAAGGUCUUCACCGUUAGCAAUGCGCAAACACACAAGGAUACAGUUCAUAACGUUGAGCAACUAAUCUAUUCCCCACCUAAGACAUCGGAAGUCGUUGGUGGAGGUGGAUCAACGACACCAGCGCCUCUGAUCGGGGCCGGAAGCGAGGGCCCCGAACGCGCGUCAACCGCCGCUGGCUCAGUCGUGCCCAACACGCCGAACAUACCGAACGUGGUGGAGUACCAUCUUAAAGUCAAGCCUAGGUCAACGACAAGGCAUUGCCGGCUCGAUAACGUUCCCAGGGACCAGCCUCAGGAAGAAAUGAAGAAGGAGAAGAGUCCGGUGUCUUCUGACGAUAAGAAGAAAGAUCUUGUAUCGAAGCUGUCACGUCUGUCCAUCGACAAUAAUGUUUUCGAGGGCUCUACUGAUUUACCGCAAGUAUUUCAGGUGAAAUAUUUGGGAUCCCAUGAUGCAAGAGGCCUCUGGGGUAUCAAGCACACGAGAAGACCUGUCGAUAAUAUGGUCUCCGCCGCGAAGGCUCUGCCGACCAACACAAUGCUCCCGCUUAUCAAGCUGGUAGUCUCUCAGGAAGGAGUUGCCUUGCUACCGCUAGACAAGAGGAAGCAGGACGCCAAGAAUUUAUCCAGAAUGUAUCCAAUCGAGACGAUUUCCUACGGAGUGCAGGAUCUCGUUUACACCAGAGUCUUCUCUAUGAUCGUCGUUCGCGAGACGGAGAACUUUAGGAGAAUCUCACCGUUCGAAUGUCACGGUUUUGUCUGCGAGUCCAAGUACUACGCGAGGCAAUUGACAUACGCCCUCGCGGCAGCCUUCGAGAUUUACUCCAAGAACGUAAAGGCUCAGGAGAAGCUGACCGGAGUCACCGUGAACAACACCGCCAGAAAGAGAUUCGCGAUCGAUCUGAGAAGCCCGGAGGAAAUCGAGGCGGACCUUACGAUGGAUUCCGAAGCGUAACUUUCAAAAUUUAUUAUUAUUUAUUAGAUUAAAAUACAAGUAGAUAUAAAUUUCUUAUCAGAAAAAUUUAAGGCAGGGAUAAUUUUUAGUUUAGAAGAGGUCUACACGAAGAAAAUGAAAAAAAGUUCAAAAACAAUGAGCUUGGCGUACAUUUCGAAAAUCUAUUUCGAAAUAUACGAGAUUGUUUUAUAUAACGCGCGAUGUAAAAUAGAUUAUUAUAUACCUCAAAUAAUAUUUUUUUGAAAAGGACAGUGCAGGGUAGAAAGUAGUUUUAGAUUUUCAAAAAGAUACAUUAUUCGCAUUUUUGUUACAAUAAGAGGAUAUAUUUGUAUUAUUCAAUCAGAGAUUUUUAAUUUUCCAGAUAUUCUUUAGUUUUCAUACACGGUGUUGAAAUCGAAUUUAGAGAAAUAUAUAUUUGUUACAGUAACUAAUCUGACAUAAAAAAGAAAAUUUAAUAUAUCUCGUUGGCAUAAAUUGAAAAUAGAUUGAAAUGCAUUUAGUAAAUAUGCUGUAAAUGAAACAAAUCGGUAGAUAAGUUUAUGUAAAUAGUUACAGAUACAAUUAUAAUCAUUAUAUUGAGUAAAUAAUUAUUUUUUAUUAAUAUCGCGGAUUUACAGCGCACUUUUUAUAUAAUUUUCAAAAAGGGAUAAUUUUCCACGUCAGAAGAAAUAUAUUUUAGUACAUACAUCUUUUCUAAUACAAAUCGAUUCAUUUAAUUAAUAUUCAAAAUUGCAUCUAUAUGUGCACUACGAAUUAGUGCGUCAAUUCGAAGAUGAAAAAAAAUAUUUAUCGUCAAAGCGUUGUUAUGUGAAUAUGUGUGUUUGUAUAAUUGUUGCUUGUUUUAUUAUUUUAUCGGCAUUGUGAAAAGUUAGGUAGGUCUCGACUGUCCGAGACAUGAUAGCUAGCUAUCCAAAGAUAUCGAAUAGAAAAAACGAAUGGAACGCGAGAGUUGUGAAUCACACUUCAAACGUCGCGACUUGUGCGAUUUCAUAAAAAUUUUACGAUGAUGAUUGACGAAUCGGACAAUGAUUUUGGAUCUAUUUCUAGCUGUCUUACGUGUGCAUGUGUGUUUCCAGUUUAAGGUUUUAUUAUUACUCUAAACUCUUUAAAGCUAUAUAACAUUAUAACAAACGGAAUCUAUGAUAGCAACAGAGAAAUCGUAUCGUUACUUAAUGCACUUUUUAUAUUUUUUUAAUUGUUUUAUAUUAAGUUCACGAAAGACCAAUAUCAAUACAUAUCAAUCACUGUAAAUAGAUAGUGUUGCCAACACUUUUUUUAAUUGUGUACAUAUUUUGCUUAUUUAAUAAGUUCUUUCUUUGAUUUUUUUUUUUAAUACGUUUGCGAGAUUAUCGCGUCACGAUUUUUACACAUUUUAGGCUUGGGACAAUCGUGUAACGUUUUUCCUCGUACAAUCGUGGUCUUGCGCUUCAGCUAUCAGUAUUAAGUGUAUAUUUCCUGUACUUAUGUUAGUCAUAACAAAUAUUUACAUGAUUUUUAUUACUUAUUAUUUUAUUAUUUUAUCAUUUUCAUUACUUCAACGUAUAAGAUCUUCAAUGCAGAUAACGUGUGCAUUUUUUUUUUCUUGGAAUAUAUGUACGAAUGCAACAGUAA